AUGUUCCUUGGUAACGAGGAGAAGGUCUACAUUCUCGACAAAACGGAGGGCAAUGCUGCUCAAAUAGAUGGUCACCCUGCUUGGGGUGCUGCAUGGGAUGUCAAUGCUCACACAGCCCAGACGAUGGAGAUUUUGACCAAUACCUUCUGCGCUUCUGGUAUGCACCUGCCAAAUGGCUCGUACGCAACGUUUGGUGGCAACAGUGCCAUCGGCCCCCUUGGUUCCACUGGCGAUGUUGGUUCAGGCUCGUAUGAUACAACCUAUGAAGAUUACGACGGAAGAAAGUCUAUCCGUAUCCUCAAUCCUUGUACGAGUGCUCAGGACAUGUCGAGUGCUCAAUGUCAAUGGUAUGACAACGCUACCGUUCUGUCUAUGCAGAAGAUGCGGUGGUACUCUGCCGCUGAGGCUCUUGGUGAUGGUUCUAUUGCCUUGAUCGGCGGUUUUGUCAGUGGUGGGUACAUCAACCGGAACACGCCUAAUACGGACCCAGAAUAUGAAGGCGGUGCUGCUGAACCGACGUAUGAGUUCUUCCCUUCGAAGGGAGCCGCAACUGUCAUGAACUUCAUGAUCACUACUUCAGGUCUCAACUCCUACGCACAUACCUACCUCAUGCCUUCCGGUAACAUGCUCAUCCAGGCCAAUAUCUCUACUAUCCUCUGGAAUCCCGAUACCAACGUCGAGACACCUCUUCCCGGCAUGCCAGGCGGUGUCGCUCGUGUUUACCCUGCUUCUGGCGCUGUUGCCAUGCUACCCCUCACUCCCGCCAACAACUACACCCCCACCGUCAUCUUUUGUGGCGGCAGUGACAUGCCUGACGAGUAUUGGGGUAACUAUUCAUACCCCAACUACAACACCUGGACCUAUCCUGCUUCCAAGGACUGUCAGCGUCUCACCCCAGAACCCACCGAUGGCUCUUCUCCUGUCUAUGUCUCAGACGAUGACAUGCUCGAGGGCCGCACCAUGGGUCAGUUCAUUAUCCUUCCAGACGGUACCCUCUUGGUUGUCAAUGGUGGCACGAAUGGUACUGCUGGCUACGCCCAGGCUACUGGCCAGACCGCUCUGUACGGUGAGAUGCCCUACGGCGAGUCGUUGGCCUCGGGCCCUGUCGGAACUCCUGCCAUCUACAACCCGAAUAUGCCCGCAGGCAGCCGAUGGUCGAACGCCGGCCUGAGCAACACGAACAUUGCACGUCUGUACCACUCCAGUGCCUUACUCAUGCCUGACGCUUCCGUCAUGAUCGCCGGAUCCAACCCUAACAUCGAUGUCAACCUCACAACCAUUUUCCCCACAACCUACACCGCGGAGAUAUUCUACCCGCCCUACUUUAGCGCCAGUACACGCCCAACUUUCUCUGGCGCACCGCAAACUCUCUCUUACGGUGGUAGCUCCUUCGACCUCAAUGUCCCUUCGACCGCGUACAGUGGCUCGGGUAACGCUGCUGCUGCAAACACAACCGUCGUUCUGUUGCGUGGCGGGUUCACUACACACGCCAUGAACAUGGGUCAAAGGUACCUGCAGCUCAACAAUACGUACACCGUCAACAGUAACAAUUCAAUCACCCUUCACGUGGCUCAAGUUCCUCCGAACCCUAAUAUCUUAACUCCCGGACCUGCUCUUAUGUUCGUCGUGAUCAACGGUAUUCCGAGCAACGGGACGAUGGUUAUUGUCGGUAACGGUCAAGUUGGGCCGCAACCCACACAAGCCGCUACUGUUCUCCCUGCUUCCUCUCAGAAUUCCGCUGCUUCAGGCUCAGGCUCAGGUAGUAGCAGUUCGUCAAGCAGUGCAUCGGGAGGCACUCACACCGGUACCAUCGUUGGUGCUGUAAUCGGAGCAAUUGCUGUUAUUGGUAUUCUCGGUGCGCUAUUUGGUAUUUUUGUGGCUCGCCGUCGGCGCGCCGCCAGCCGCCAGCAUCCUGCGGCUGCGUAUGCCAUGAGAGCCACGGGUAAUGGGUAUGGUGGCGGCGCGUCCCGCGGAGGAGCCACCAAUGAUCAAGCACGCCAUUCUGACUCGAGUGCGUUUGUCCCGUUGCAACAGGAUAAUUCAAGCACCGCGUGGAACGCGAGUAGCACUAAUCUACAUUCACCGUAUCGGGACACGUAUGGGAGAGAGGGGGCAGAUUACGAUCCUUAUAGUCCGGAUGGAGGAGUGCAACAUAGUAAUGGACAGCAGUCAUGA